AGGCCCGGGGCCGCGAGGCGGCGGCGGCGGUACUACAGCCCAGGGCCCCUGCGUGCCCUCGGGCACGACCGCCCGGGCAGUCCCGGCCGCGCUCCGCGCCCGCCGGCGGCCGCCGUGCCCGUGCCCGCCAUGGCUGACAGCGCAGAGCCCGCCGCUCCCGCCGCCGGUCCCGCCGCGGCUGCGGCCGCGGGUCCCGCCGCGACCCCUCCGGGCUCGCCGGUGGGGGAGCGACGGGCGGGCGACUCCCCCGGCGCGGGCGCGGCCAUGCCGCGGCUGCCGCUGGGCGGCCAGGGCGGGGCGGCGGGAAUGUCGCUGCCGCGGCUGGAGAAGCCGAUCAAGCAGGCCUUCUACAACACCGGGGCGCUGCUGUUCGCGGGGCUGUGUUGCGGCGCCGCCGUUCUCGUGUACUUCAUCCUGGAGGCGUUCCUGCGGCCGCUGCUCUGGGCCGUGCUCUGCGGAACCUUCCUGCACCCCUUCAAGACCUCGCUGACGGCGCUGGGGCGGCGCUGGCUGGGCCGCCUGCACCGCUCCCGCACCCCGGUGCUGCUGGCCGCCCUCCUCCUGCCCAUCUGCUUCGCCAACUACGGCGUGGAGGCGCUGGGCGAGCAGGUGCUGCGGCGGCGGCGGCUCCUGCUGCUGCUGGGCGCCGGGGGGCCGCUGCUCUACGGGCUCUACUGCCUGGGCAGCUCCCUGGGCGUGCAGGUGCUCCUGGCACAGGCCGCCCGCAUCAUCUGCCAGGGGCUCGACUACUUCAGCAGCCAGUGGAUAUGGACAUUGGUAGUUGGUUACCUGCUGAUGGUUUCAUUCAAGUGGAACAUAAGCACUGAACGUUACUUAAAAGCAAUCUCUGUUCCUGUCUGGAUUAUGCUGCUCUUUCACUUAGCUUCUGUGGCAGGUUCCUGGAGAAUUCCUGUAUUUCUGGUUAUAGUUGUUCUGAUGACAGUAGGCAUGUUGCAUGAACAGCAGAAUGGAAAGGAGUCUUCUGGGGCGGAGCUUCCUGGUCAGGUGAUUUCCAUUGCUGCUUCAACAAUUGCCAUGGCAAUUUCAAUGACAGAAGAUGAGUCCAAUAAUGAACAUUCCUCCCAACCCUCAGGAUCAACAGCAGAAAAUGAUCAGCCUCCACAAGCUUCAUCAUCUUUCAGCACCUCCUCGUCAUCAUCUUCUGGGAACAGACAAAGAACUGAGAUUGGAUCUUUUCUUAGAAAAAAGAAAACUAGUGAUAUUUACUUUGUUACUCUUGUGUGGGCCAUUGUCAUUGUCCAGAUCUGGCUAAAUUUCUGGAUUGUGCAGCUAUUACCAGUGCCAUUUGCAGUUUGGGCACUUAAAAAAUCCGUGGUUCAUUUUGGAGUUCUGAACUUCAUGGGAAACCACUGCAAAAGUUGGUGGCAACUGGUUGAAAAUUUUGUGAAGGAACGUCAGGAAGCUCUUGCUCCACGGCCCAUUAGAGGACUUGGAAGUGUUAUGCUAAAGCUUGACAGUAAGCUGUGGCACUGGCUUAAUAAGAAGAUUAUUGUGUGGUUGGAGAAAAUGCUAGAUAAAAUAAUCAGCAUUUUCAUAAUAUUUUUGCUGGUGAUAGGAACCCUUCUGCUAGCUCUUCUCCUUACUGCAAAGGUACAUCAAGAGAGUGUUCACAUGAUUCAAGUCACAAGCAGCUUGAUCAAUGAGACAGUAGCCAGUCACCCAGAAUGGGCAAACUGGCUCCCAGAAGCCCAGGUCAUUCAGAAGGCACUUAAUUCUGCAGCGAACAAUGUAUACCAGUAUGGCCGAGAAUGGAUCACACACAAGCUCCAUAAGAUUUUAGGAGAAAAAGUAAAUAACACUGCUGUGAUUGAGAAACAAGUGCUGGAGCUCUGGGACAGGCUUUAUCACUCUUGGUUUGUGAAGAAUGUAACACAUUCUGGAAGACACAAAGGACACAAGUGGCACAUAAACCGUCAAAACAGCUGGCUUGGAGAUAUUCUGGACUGGCAAGAUGUUGCAUCGUUUGUUCACGAUAACAUCGAAACAUUUCUCUCGAUCCUGGAGUCUCUGUGGAUAGUGAUGAGUCGCAAUGUGAGCCUCUUGUUUACUACAGUUACAGCAUUAGUGACAAUCCUCUUCCACAGUGGGACAGCUCUUCUCAAUUUUGUGCUUUCAGUGGUGAUUUUUCUGACCACGCUGUUCUACCUGUUAAGCUCCAGUGAUGAGUAUUACAAGCCAGUAAAAUGGGUGAUAAGCCUGACACCUUUGUCUCAGCCAGGUCCCUCCUCAAAUAUAGUUGGCCAAUCUGUGGAGGAAGCAAUAAGAGGUGUGUUUGAUGCUUCCCUCAAAAUGGCUGGGUUCUAUGGACUCUACACUUGGCUGACUCACACUAUAUUUGGGAUUAACAUAGUCUUCAUACCUUCUGCAUUAGCAGCAAUCCUUGGAGCAGUGCCAUUUCUGGGGACAUACUGGGCAGCAGUCCCUGCAGUCCUAGAUUUGUGGCUUGUGCAAGGACAGGGGUGCAAAGCCCUUCUGCUCUUGGUUUUUCACCUCUUGCCAACCUAUUUUGUAGAUACAGCAAUUUAUUCAGAUAUAUCAGGAGGGGGUCACCCUUACCUGACAGGCCUUGCAGUAGCUGGUGGAGCAUAUUACCUGGGACUGGAAGGGGCCAUCAUAGGACCAAUUCUACUUUGUAUACUUGUGGUUGCUUCCAAUAUAUAUAGUGCCAUGUUGGUGAGCCCAACAAAUUCUGUGCCCACUCCAUCACAAGCAGCGUGGCCAUUACAGAUUUACCGGUCACCUAGAGAGAGUCCUGAGGAGAUGAAAACAUCUGCAGAGUGAUGGAGGUGCUGGGCUGCACCUCUAUAGCGUGAGGGAAUCGCUGUCUUCUGUCUUGGGUUCACAACAGCCAUGGCCUUCUGUCCCUUCCCAGCUGUUCCUGGGGGCAGCUCACAGGGAAGCAUAGACUGGGUUUUAGGAGAAAGCACUAGGAACAUCUGCUGGCCUUACAUUAUUGUGCACUUUGCCUCUUUGAGAGAGAAUGUCUACUUCCCAUGGUUUUGCAUACCAACACACAGUCAGCUGCCUUGUUGAAGACUUUGAAGACCUUCUGUCUUAUCAAAAGUAUAGUUAAGAGGACAGGUACAUGCACUGGAGUCAUUAUCUUAUCUGCUGAAAAUUACUAACUUGGCUUUUAUUUACUGGGUUAUUUGUCUUAUUAAACUGUAGUAGCUUUAAAGAAAGCUGUAAUUCCAAAAUAUUUAUUUUUAGGCAAUCUGGUGGCAAAAGAAGGGCAAACCACUCAUUAUGAAAUGAAAGAAAUGAAAGUAUAAUAUAAUAGUUUGCUCCUCCUCAAGGUGUUUCUUUAUAAGCUUCAACCAUCAUCUGUAACUGAUAACACUUAAAUAUAUUCACUGACAUGUGCUGAAAUUUAAUGUUGGAGACUGGUAUUUUUAAUACCUUCCUGAUAUUUAUAGAAAUGCAAACUGUUAUAUGUAGGUUUUCCUCUUACUGACAUAGGAGGACUUGUUUAAUUAGUUUAAGUCUUGCCCCCACUUGCAGCAAAAUCUCAUAAUAUUUUGCUGUAUCCACUCUCCCAGUGGAGUCGUCUUGUCAACUAAAUUUAAUCAAAGGCCUUAAGUGUCUUCAGACAGUAGUAAUGUAGGAUGGUCACAUCUCCUUCCAGUAAAUGGAAGAAGUUUAAUGGGGAUUGUUUACUGUUGGUUUUUAAAUUCUGUGGCUGAGUUCCAUUCACUUUUUAAACAAAUUUUACUACCAAAAAGAAAGGGGAGAGAGCAUGGAUAUCUCUUACUGAGAUACAGGAUAUAUCUUAAUAUAUUAAGGUAUAUCUUAUUAAUAAACAAAGAUCCUGAAUAUGUAAUUUUGCUUAAAAUGCAGCUUUGGUGACAUUUAAGGCCUUUUGUAUUGAUUGUCAAAACAUUUUGACACAGUGGAUCUUUAUAAAUGUAUCCUUUUUAAAUGUGAAGCAGAGUUUUUUGGUAAAUACUUCAUACUUGCACAGCUUUUCCACAAACCCGGUGAGGCUCUAGGUACAAAGUAGCAGAUGCGCUUGCUUAACCAAAGAACCACCAUUCAGUUUCCAGUAACUCGAAUUGAUUUCAGAGUUUGAUUGAUAAUGAGUUGUACAAAAUGUAGGCAUGCCUUGUAUUUAUUGUUGACAGUUAUUCAAUGCUUGAAACAAAGGAAUGUUAUCCAGGGACAAGGAUAUCUAAGAUUUGUGCACAAAAAGCUUGCAGAUGUUUGUUCUACUUGAGUUCCAGGAGUGCUGACAGAUUUGGAAGGUUCUUCCCAUGAUAUUGUCUGUAUUUUUACAUUGUUUUGAAAAAUACAUUGCCGUGGAAAGUGAUUGGAAAGUACUUUGAUACUGAGGAAGGAAGGAAGUCCUGCUGUAUGUUUGCAAUAAACAGGCUGCCUAACAAGACACAAAUACUCUUCUCCUCAGAUUCGCAAAAUAAGCUGCUGAAAUUUUACUGAUAAAAUUGUAUGUUUUAAAUGAGAGGGGUUAAGUAUGCUGUUUGUACACACUUGCAGGUAUGUGCUUGAGGGACAGACUUGGGCUUAAUUUAGUAGGUUGACUCAGGUUUAUCAAAAUACGGAAACAUACCAUUUAAUAUUUUAAAUUCUGAAAGAUCUACACAUCACUAACUGAAUAAGAAGAAUAUGUUGCUUGAAUCAAAUAUCUGUUUCAUGUCCUUGGUUUUGUGACUUACGAAAAAACAAAGUGAAACGCAUUUUUAUAAUUGUUGGUGGCUAAGAUGGAGGAUGUAGGGAAAGCUCAGGCUUUACUAAAAUACUCCUGCAACUUUCUAACCAGCUGGAAUGAAACCACCAUGAUAUUUAGGCAACUUCUUUAUUGUAUUACUUUUUUUAGUUCACAGUUUUGCACUGAAUCGUUGUGUUCUUGUUGUAGCUACUUGUAGACAGGAUUUAAAGCACCUCUUUGCUCACUAGUCAAGACCUAUUUAUUGUCCACAUUUGCUAUCCCAUUUCUUGAGACAAUCUUUCAUACUCCUGUGGUACUCGACUUAGUAAUUUUAAAGAGUCAUUAAAAUGCAUUAUUUUGUUUGGUUUUAAGUUUUCUUCUUCCCCUUCAACCAAUUGCCUUAGAUCAAAGAAGGGUCUCUGCUGUGAAGAUUAAAACCAUGAUUGAGGCACUGUUACCUUCAGUAAUGGAAAUGAGUAGAAUCACCUGAGAAGACAUAUUGCUGUUUUGAAAUGUUCCUUUUCCAUCGUGAAAUCCUUACAUAGAAUUCACAUCUGAUGGAAUGUUGUUUAGUUUGUCCUACUUUGAAAUGGGGCUUCAUUUUGAUGCUGUCUGUUCCAAAUUCAGCUCAGACUUGCCAUGAAGAACCAUCCAUAGCACAACCUUACUCAGUAAGCUUCAGCAGCUCAUGCUGUGUGCUGUACCUGAUUGAAGAACCAACUGUAUGGUUCAAUAAUUGUGCAGUAACAUAGACUGCCAAAAAGAAAAUAAAAAUAAGGAGCAAAACUUCCAAUAACACCUUCUUGGAAUAGGAAAUAUUCACUGAUUUUCACUAUGUUUAGAAAAAACACACAAAAAAACCCAAAACCACAAAAUACCACCUUACAAAAGAGCAUACUUGGAUUAUUUGGGUUUUGUGUUUAGCAAGUGUCUAAUUACCAGCAGAAAUAGAAGACUUUGUCAUUGAGUAUUUAGCAAUCUAUAUUAUUUUCUGAGCAGGCUCAGCCUUUGUAAGAAUGGUUUAGUAUAGAUCAGUCUCACAUUAAUGUGAAAAUAAUCAAACUGGUAAUUUUGACUUCUGGUCUUUGAAAAGUGCCAGUUCAUGGUUAUAUUGCCUCAUCUGCAAAAACAACCAGCAUUUUGGUGGGAUAAGUUUUUAGUACAUGGAUUGUAGCUUUCAAAAAAAAAACAGCUCAACCCACUCCCUGCUCCAAAAUCCCACACCACCACCAAACACCCAACCAAAAAAAAAGCCCCACCGCUGCCUGCAGUGUGGUUUUCUUAGGAGAGGCCAUCUUUUCUAUAAUGCUUCUAGGCAAAAAGUUGAUGGCCUUUAGCUUUACUGUAAAGAGUCAUUCCAGGAGCAGGUACUUCCUAAGUGUAUUUAGUACAUUUAGUGUUCAAUAACUUAGAGUUCAGAAGGGAAUGCUCGUAGUAAUAAAAGACAAUGUGGUUUACGGUAUUGUGAAAUUCAGCUCUGGUGUUUUUGAUCAUUCUCCUUGGGGAAUUGCAAUUAAGUGUAGUGCCCAAAGGGCUGGUGCUAUUUCAGGCACUCGAGUCUGAGUUAGCCUUUCCUUUCUGUACCUUGGCUGAACACUGCUGUAGCAGAGCUGGCAGAGGUGACUGUGCCAGCUCACAGCCCAGCAUGUUAGCUUCAGGUCAGUGUACGUGCUGGCUUAAUUAGAUCCAUCAAGGAACAAACUGCAAUGGGCAAGAACUUGGCAUACAUUCACUCUGCCAGCCUUACUGCAAUAUGGUGGCUUUCAGCACAGGUGCAUCAUGACCAGUUGGGAGCAGAAAUGAUUUAUAUUGAAAGGCUGCUUAAAAAACAGUUUAACAUUAUAAUAAUACAUAUGAUUCACAUUUUUCAGAAGUUAAGUUGAUACCCAUGUGAUCUUUCUAUGCACAGUGAUGUGUGUGUCUGCAGGUACACUUAGGCUUGUCUGAUUUCAAGCUCUAUGGUCCUCUUAAGGACACAGGGAAGGAGGAUAUACUGGGAUGUGUAUUUUGUCAGAGAUUAUUGGAAUAGGAAAUCCAUAAUCUGUUUAAUUAAAAUAAGAAAAAAACAUUGUUCAGGGAAAAUUGGAUGCUGUCUUCAGUAUUAUCCAUUGUUGGUAUAAGCAUAACUUUUGAAAUAGGUGUAUGGCUGCAGUUCAACAUUGUUUUUUAGAAAGGCUGAAACAGGUGAAAUUGUUCUCCAGUAAAAGCAGCAGCUGAAGUGCUAUGCUGCUGAUCCCUAGUACCAGGAAUACUGCAAUGCAGCCUUUCCUAUGGACCUGAUACACUGAGGAUGGAAAAAUACCAUUAUUCUACUGAGAUUCCAUAGCUUUGCAUCGUUGAUAGUGGGUGUUUCCACAGCUGCCUUUAUUCAAACAUUGUCUUUAUAUUGUAUUGACCUUAAUUUGUCACUGUAGGUCCUGCCAUCUUAAUGGAUGCUGCCUCUGGAAACGGCUACGAUUUUCUUUGAAGGUACUGAUGGGUGUUGGGAUUGAAGGUAGCAUUCAUUAGGUUUAAUAGCAGAGGUAGCAUUCUUCUAGAGAUGCAAUUGCUUACCUUGGAGUUUGCAAUUUUACAAGAUAAAAUUGAUUUGUCAGAUAAUCUUUAUUGAGUGCCAGCUGACAUCUCUUUAAAUCCAUGGAUGCAUAAUCUUUAUAAACUUUGUAUUGACUUCUAUUUCAAAGGGUUUCUUCUUAGUUCCUACACUUAUUUCCUACACUUUUUGCUGAAGCCAGCUUUGACAAUUUCCUUAUUAUUCCUAUUUGUACAAAAGUAGAAUCUCUUAAAACUCUUAACAAACAUUAGGGAGACUUGAUCUUUGACCUGGUACUGUCUAUUUGUCAGUUUUACUAAGGUACCUUAAUGCUUUAUAGUAAAAUUUUCCAAAAUUGCUUUUAAGUGAUAAAAUUGGAAAUAGGAAAAAAAAAACCACUGUGGAAAAUUAUUUUGGUGUUUUGAAGCAAGAAACAAUUCCAAAAGUCAUAAAUAUAUUCAGGGAUUCUACACUGGGCUUGCAAAUGUAUAUAGUGAUACACAGUGUUAUAUAAAUAUUGGGAGUCUCUGUCCUAUUUAGACAUUAACUGAAAUUUUGGCCUAUUUUUUUAAGUUACCUGAGAACAAAAUAGUGCCUGUAUAUAAUGAAAACAAGCAACAUCUUCUACAAUCCAUGUUUAAUUGAAACAGACUGAGGAAGAGCCAAGCAAAUCCUGGUAGUGUGACUAGUGCUGUUUUAUUGUAGUUCAUACAAAGUAGGGAAAAGCUGCUAGUAAUGCAUUGCUGAGAGGUUGCUGUUCCUGGAAGUAUUUGCACAAAUUCUCUAAAAAGCUGCCAAAAUUAAUAGGUCAUGAAAUGCAUCUUCAGUUCCCCAGACUCUUAAACUCGUCCACACCUCCUCUGGUAAUUUGUUUGGAAUAUGGUUUAGUACAUGAGAGUAUUGCUUCCAUCCCCUUUUGGGAAUUGAUUACAGGACCUGAAGGCAUGCCUUCAGUGUCCAUACUGAAAUAGUAUGUCCAAUUCAGGAAGGAAGUCCUAAUUGUAAAUAAAUGCAUCCUUGAUCUGUUCUGCAUAGGGAUGGACUUGAAUGAAUAUAAUUCAUGUUGCAUUAAAUAAAGGUUAAUUUUUUAAUAUAAAUACUAUAUGGUGACACUAAAGCCAAGUUUGAGUGAGAUGAAGGGCAGAGUUGCUUGCAGCAGGGUAAAUCUGCAAGCUAAUAAAGCCAUGAAAAGAAUGAAUGCUCUAGCAUCUAUAUAUAUAUGUAUAUAUAUAUAUAUAUAUAAAUAUAUGUAUGAAGAAUUUUUAGAGUGAUGUUUUUAAGGCAAAAAGUUGAUUUCUCCUCGCCUCACUUUUUUACCCACUACAGUGUCAUAUACAGUCAUCCUAUGAGGACCUGAAGUCAAAGAAAUGUUUCAUGGUAUUUGUGUAGAUUAAACAUAAGAAACAUCACAAAGCCAAAAGCAGCCAUGCUACAAAAGUUCAUUAGGCUUAAGAACUGGCAUCUAGGCUAUAAGGUUGGAAAAACAAAAUCCCAGUAUUUACUACUCUUCUUGCCAGUCUCAGCUUAAACCUGAGUCUUUCUCAAGUAUCAUAAAAACUACUUUUGUGUUGUUCAUAACCUACUGUCUGUGUAGAUCAGUGUUUUCAGCUUGUCAUCUGUCAGCAGGAGUAUAUUUGGCAAAGCAUUCAAUUUGUUCAGAUUGUUUCCUUUAAAAACAGAUUUUCUGUGCUUUAGGGAUGGUUGGAUACCAACUUCUUAUACUUACAUAUAUAUAUAUGUCUGUGUGUGUAUAUGCUAGCUAGCAUUUGAUGUUUUGGUCAAAAGAUGUGAGAGGGUUGGAUUUUUUUUCACCUUGGGAAAUGUCACCAAACCAAAUCCAAAGAAACUUCAAUGUCCUAUCCUAAGACUGGCUACACUCUACUCAAACCUAACAGCAGAUGUUUUGCAUUACAGAGCACAGGUUGUUCCAAAGUGUGUGUUCCUACCAGGCCCCGUGGGGAUUUGGAGCAAUAACUUCUAUUGUCUGUUGACACAAAUUUUGUUUGUAUGUGUGAUACAUCUUCAGAAUGGAACUGUGUUCAAAACUGAUGUUAACAGUAAUUGGGUUUGAUACAGUACCUGGUUUUGCAUGUAUAGUAUUGACAAUAUAACCCCUAUGUCCAUCUGUGGCCCAAUAAAAUGUGUAAGUUAAGGUUGAGAACUACUUGUGUAGACUGCAGAGAUAUUUAUACUAAAUAAUUUUGAUUGUAUGCACCAGUCCUCAUCCUAAUAAAAAUGGGUUUUGUAGCAGGUUUAAGAAGCUUUUAACUUGAUAUUGUAUUCACACUGCAGUCCUUUGUAAACACAGAAUGGUUGAUAUAUUUUGAAAUAAAAUGCCAUUAACAUAAA